UGGCCUCGUGAGGCGGAGGGGGCGUGGCCUUGUGAGGCGGCGCGGCCCGGGCGUUGCGCGGCGGCGGCGGCGGCAGCGCCGGGCCCGGUUCUGGCCCGGUUCUAACCCGGUCCUGGCCCGGCUCCGGCCCCGGCGGAGCCCCCGCGAGCUCCGCAGGUGCGGCCAUGGCGGGCGUGGCACCCCCCGCAGGUGCCCCCGAGCACCCCUUCACCUGCCGGGAGUGCGGCAAAUCCUUCCGCUGGUCCUCGCGCCUGGCGCAUCACCUGCGCAGCCACACAGGUGAGCGCCCCUACAAGUGCCCCGAGUGCCCCAAGGCCUUCAAGGGCUCCUCCGCCCUCCUCUACCACCUGCGGGGCCACACAGGUGAGCGCCCCUACACCUGCUCUACCUGCGGCAAGAGCUUCAAGCGCUCCUCGCUGCUGCAGACUCACCUGCGCGUGCACACGGGGCUGCGCGCCUUCAGGUGCGCCCAGUGCGGCCUCACCUUCAAGUGGGCGUCGCACUACCAGUACCACCUGCGGCAGCACUCAGGUGAGCGGCCCUACCGCUGCCCCACCUGUCCCAAGGCCUUCAAGAACUCGUCCAGCCUGCGGCGCCACCGCCACACCCAUACAGGUGAGCGCCCGCACACCUGCGACACCUGCGGGAAGGGCUUCGCCCAGGCCACCAACCUGCGGCAGCACCUGCGGGUGCACACGGGUGAGCGGCCGUACACCUGCGCCACCUGCGGGAAGAGCUUCACGCACUCGUCCAACCUGCACCUGCACCGGCGCACGCACGGCCCCGCCCCGCAGUGCCCCACCUGUGCCACGCCCUUGGCCUCCCGCACCUGCCCGCAGCGGCACCUGCAGGGCCCCGCCCCGCCCACCGCUGCCGCCGCCUCACCUGAGCCGCUCUGGAGGCCGCUGGGGCUCACCUGUGCAGAGCAGGAGGUGACAGCACCGGCGGCCCCGCCCCCGGCCCCGCCCCACCGCUGCCUCACCUGCGGCAAGAGUUUCAAGAACGGCUCGGGGCUGGCGCGACACCUGCCCGGCCACGAGCGGCCCAGGUGCGCCGCGGCCGCCGCCCCCGGAGCCCCGCCCACGCCAGGUGAGGCUGAGGCGCCGGCCCCGCCCGAGCGGCCGUACAGGUGCGGCGAGUGCGGCAAGGCCUUCAAGGGCUCCUCGGGGCUGCGCUACCACCUGCGCGACCACACAGGUGAGCGCCCCUACACCUGCUCUACCUGCGGCAAGAGCUUCAAGCGCUCCUCGCUGCUGCAGACUCACCUGCGCGUGCACACGGGGCUGCGCGCCUUCAGGUGCGCCCAGUGCGGCCUCACCUUCAAGUGGGCGUCGCACUACCAGUACCACCUGCGGCAGCACUCAGGUGAGCGGCCCUACCGCUGCCCCACCUGUCCCAAGGCCUUCAAGAACUCGUCCAGCCUGCGGCGCCACCGCCACACCCACACAGGUGAGCGCCCGCACACCUGCGACACCUGCGGGAAGGGCUUCGCCCAGGCCACCAACCUGCGGCAGCACCUGCGGGUGCACACGGGUGAGCGGCCGUACACCUGCGCCACCUGCGGGAAGAGCUUCACGCACUCGUCCAACCUGCACCUGCACCGGCGCACGCACUCGGCGGCGCGGCCCUUCCGCUGCCCCACCUGUCCCAAGGCGUUCGUCAUGGCCGCCUACCUGCAGCGACACCUGCGCACGCACGGCCCCGCCCCGCGACGCGCACCCGGUGCCACACCUGGAGCUGCCGCACCUGCGCCGGUGCCCGCUGCUGCUUACCUGGUGCUGCCCGGCCCCGGCGGCGCCUCCCCCCGCAAGGUGCUGCUGCUGCCGGCCGCGCCCGGCCACGCCCGGCCCCACCUGGCGCAGGUGGGCAGGGGGCAGCGCACCUGGCAGAGCGUCCUGCUCGUACCUGGCACAGGGCGGGAGGGGGCGGCAGCAGGGGUGCAGCUGCAGGUGGCUGAAGUGGCAGGGGUGACAGGUGUGACGAGUGUGGCAGGUGUGACAAGUGCAGGUGUGACAGGUGCAGGUGUGAUGGGUGUGACAGGUGUAGGGGUCACAGGUGUCACAGGGGUCCCAGGUAUGACAGGGGUGACAGGUGUGGCAGGUGUAGCUGUGACAGGGGUCACAGGUGUCACAGGGCUUACAGGUGUGGCAGGUGUAGGUGUGGCAGGUGUGACAGGUGUAGGGGUCCCAGGAGUCACAGGUGUGGCAGGUGUCCAGCUUCAGGUGCUGCCGGUGGCCCCAGAGGUCACCAAUGUCCAAGUGCAGGGCGGGGAGCUGACAGGUGUGACAGGUGUAGGUGUGACAGGUGUGACAGGUGUAGGUGUGACAGGGAUGACAGGUGUAGGUGUGACAGGUGCAGGUGUCACAGGUAUGACAGGUGUCACAAGUGUCACAGGUGUGACAGGAGUGCAGCUCCAGGUGCUGCCAGUGCCCUCGGAAGUCACCAGUGUCCAGCUCCAGGCAGGUGAGGUCACCAACGUCCAGCUCCAGGUGUUGCCACCAUCAUCUUCAGGUGGCACCAACGUCCAGCUCCAGGUGCUGCCAGCACCACCUGAGGUCACCAAUGUCCAGUUCCAGGUGUUGCCACCACCUUCAGGUGGCACAGGUGUCCAGCUCCAGGCCACCGAAGUGACCAAUGUCCAGCUCCAGGUGUUGUCACCACCCCCAGGUGGCACAGGUGUGCAGCUCCAGGCAGGUGAGGUCACCAACAUCCAGCUCCAGGUGUUGCCAUCACCACCUGAGGUGACCAAUGUCCAGCUCCAGCCAGGUGAGGUCACCAACGUGCAGCUCCAGGCCCUGCCGCUGACCUCAGGUGUCACCAACGUCCAGCUCCAGGCCACCGAGGUGACCAAUGUCCAGCUGCAGGUGAUGCCAGCACCACCUGAGGUCACCAACGUCCCGCUCCAGGGCACCGAGCUGCCCAGUGUCCACCUGGACAUGUCAGACAUGCCCAGUGUCCACCUGGAGACCUCAGAGGUGACCAAUGUCCACCUGGAGACCUCAGAGGUGACCAGUGACAUGACCAAUGUCCACCUGGACACCUCAGGGCUGCCCAGUGCCCACCUGGACACCUCAGGGCUGCCCAGUGCCCACCUGGAGACCUCAGAACUGCCCAAUGCUCACCUGGACACCUCAGAGGUGACCGAUGUCCACCUGGAGAGCUCAGGGCUGCCCAGUGCCCACCUGGAACCCCCUGAGGUGACUGGUGUCCACCUGGAACCUACAGCAGUGACUGAUGUCCACCUGGAGACCUCAGAGGUGACCGGUGUCCACCUGCAGACCACUGAGAUGACGAGUGCCCACCUGGAACCCACGGAGGUGACCAAUGUCCACCUGGAGUCCUCAGAACUGCCCAGUGCUCACCUGGACACCUCAGAGAUGACUGAUGUCCACCUGCAGACCACUGAGAUGACCAGUGCCCACCUGGAACCCACGGAGGUGACCGAUGUCCACCUGGAGACCACGGAGGUGACUGAUGUCCACCUGGACACCUCAGAACUGCCCAGUACCUACCUGGAACCGACUGAGCUGACCGAUGUCCACCUGGAGACCAUGGAGGAGGUGCCCAGUGCCCACCUGGACAUGUCAGAGGCGACCGAUGUCCACCUGGAGACCUCAGAGGUGACCGAUGCCCACCUGGAGAGCUCAGAACUGCCCAGUGCUCACCUGGAGACCUCAGAGGUGCCCAGUGUCCACCUGGACCCCUCAGAACUGCCCAGUGCUCACCUGGAGACCUCAGAGGUGAGCAGUGUCCACCUGGAGACCUCAGAGGUGACCGAUGUCCACCUGGAGACCUCAGAGGUGACCAAUGUCCACCUGGAGACUACAGAGGUGACCAAUGUCCACCUGGAGACUACAGAGGUGACCGAUGUCCACCUGGGGACCUCAGAGGUGACCGAUGUCCACCUGGAGACCACAGAGGAAGUGCCCAAUGUCCACCUGGAAGUGCCCAGUGUCCAUCUGGAGCCCGCAGAGGUGCACCUGGAACCCCCCUAAGAAGUGACCGAUGUCCACCUGGAGACUUUGGAGGUGCUCAGUGCCCACCUGGGCAUGUCAGAGGCGACCGAUGUCCAGUUGGAACCCACGGAGGUGACCGAUGCCCACCUGGACCCCUCAGAACUGCCCAGUGUCCACCUGGAGACCUCAGAGGUGCCCAGUGUCCACCUGGACCCCUCAGAACUGCCCAGUGUCCACCUGGAGACCUCAGAGGUGAGCAGUGUCCACCUGGAGACCAC